AUGAAAUAUAUCAUGGGUCAAGGAUAUCAACUCGGAGUUGAUGUCGGUGGUACCUUCACCGACGUAUAUGUCCUCUCCCCUCACGGUCAAACGAUUCGAGCCAAAGUUCCGACCACAAUCCCAGACCAAAGCAUUGGCAUACAGAACGGCAUCAACAAAGUACGGGGGAUUCUGAAGGCUCAGUUUAACUGGGCAGGAAAAUUCCAAUUUAUCCACCACGGCACCACAACAGGAACCAAUGCUGUCUUGGAGGGCAAGGGCGCGCGAACCGCGCUGGUAGUCACAGCUGGCCACAAAGAUGUUCUCGCCCUCCGUCGUUCUCAGAUCCCAGGUGGCCUAGGUGCAUGGCUGUACUUUACCCCACCAGAGCCUAUCGUCCCCUUAGAACGGGUAGUGCAAUGCAGAGAGCGAAUGUCAGUGCAUGGUGACCCUGUCAUGGCUGUGGAUAUCGAAGAUCUUCGGAAGAGCCUGCGACUGGUGAAGGGACAGAAUCCAGAAGCUGUGGCAAUUUCCCUUUUGAACUCACACAGCAAUGACGCCCACGAACGUGUGGUAGAGAAAGUCAUCCACGAGGAGCUCGGCCCCAAUAUCGCCGUUAUUUGUUCUGCGGAUGUGCUUCCGGAAAUGGGCGAGUACGAAAGAACGGUAACGACCUGUACGAAUGCGCUGGUUAAACCAGUGGUCCAGACGUAUCUGCAUAAUCUCGCCGAAAAGCUUGUGCUCGAAAGUGAUACAAUUCGGGUACUCAAGAGUGAUGGUGGUUUAACCAGCUUGGCACUUGCUGGGGAACUGCCUGUGACUAUUCUUAUGUCGGGUCCAGCUGGAGGUGUCACAGGAGUGGCAGAUAUUGUGGCUCGUGGUACCCCAUAUAAGAACUUGAUCACUUUGGAUAUGGGUGGUACCUCCACAGACUGCGCUCUGAUCUAUAACGGCCAGCCUCGGAUUCGACGGGAAACUACUAUCGACAACCUGUCUGUUCGCUCACCCGCAGUAGACAUCAACACUGUCGGAGCUGGCGGAGGCUCCAUCGCGACAUACAUGGAGUUGACUGAGACUUUACGAGUGGGUCCCGAAAGUGCCGGUGCAUCACCAGGACCUGCAUGCUAUGGAAACAAUGGACGCCAAGCGACGGUAACGGACGCCAAUUUGGUUCUAGGGUACUUGCCUCAUACACUGCUUGGGGGAGACUUCACGCUAGACGUGAAGGCGGCAAUUGCGGCCGUUGAGAAUAUCGCAUCCCAGAUGAACCUCCCCAUUCCUCAGGUUGCAGAGGAUAUCAUCGCUCUCACCAACGAAACCAUCUACGGAGCACUGCGUCUCGUCUCUGUCGAGCAAGGAUAUGACCCUCGAGAAUUCGCGCUCGUGGCUUUUGGUGGUGCUGGACCCCUGCAUGCGAACGCCGUUGGCCAACUACUUGGGGCAUGGCCAGUGAUUAUCCCACCUUCUCCGGGUAUCCUCUGUGCCCAGGGAGAUGUGACUACCAAGAUGACCCACGAGAAAUCCGCCUCGUUCAUUCGAUUAGUGUCCGAAACGACUACAGCCGCAGCUCGAGAACAGUACCUGGCACUAGAGAAACAGGGCCGUGAAACCCUUCAGAGAUCCACAAAUUCAUCGUGGCCCAUUACAUGGAAGACCCAGUACCAGGCCGACCUCAGGUACAAGGGCCAAGCGUUGACCAUCACGGUUGAUCUGGAGACAGACGAGCUAGCCCUUAGUACCAACGAGUGGCACAGUGUAUUACGGAAGAAAUUUGAUCUCCAGCACCAGCAGCUCUUCACCUACUGUCUACCUAAUUUUGAAUUGGAGUUGAUACGGUUAGGAGUUAUACUCAUUGAAGAUUCACCUGUCGUUGAUAUUCCGCGAAUUGACAAGGCGUUGUCCACUGUGCCCUCCCCCACGGCAAAGCUCGGAGAACAGACCAUUAUCGUGCAAGGCCAGCAACAAAAGGCUAUACUAUGGGAGCGUUCAAAGAUCAGUCAACAGGGCGUCCAGGUAACUGGACCAUGCAUCAUCACCGAGAUGGACAGCAACACCUUGAUUCUCCCUGGUUACUAUGGAGAGAUAGAUAGUGUUGGUAACAUCCUCAUCAACCCCUUGAACAAGCUCUCGGAAGUGACUAGUCAUACACUCCAAUCUGCGAGUGAUAUCGUCAAAAGCACUCCAUUGAUUCCCACCUUGAUAUCCGCAGCCCUUGCAUCCAUUCGAGGCGAGAUGGAUACGAUGAUGCUUCGGUGCAGCAUGUCACCAGCUAUUCGGGAGCAACAAGACGAAUUCAAUGUCAUUACAAACAGCAAAGGACAAAUGCUAGUUGGUCAGUUUGGCAGUUUCAUCACCCAGUUCCUCGAUGUUUGGAAGGGCACUAUCGAGGAAGGCGACAUAUUCAUCACCAAUGACACCUACCAGGUGCAGGGGGCUAUUAGCCACCUGAACGACAUUAUUGUUCUGUUGCCUAUCUUUUAUGAACACAAAAUCAUUGGCUGGGCUUCACAGUUCGGCCACCUGACGGACGUCGGGGGUAUGGUUCCGGGAAGCAUGUCUAUCAAUGCCACCUCAGUGUUCAACGAUGGUGUCCAGAUUCCCUGUCUUAAGCUCUACAAUCGGGGUGUCAUGAACUCUGAUCUAGUUGAUCUUUUGUGCAGAAACUCUCGUCAACCCGAUUGGUACCGCUCCGACCUAACAGCUAUCGUGGCAGCAUGUUCCAUGGCUGCUAGACGAGUUUGUGAGCUAGCUACCCGUUUCGGCUGUGAGCUUUACCUGGCUGCCUCUGAUGAACUGUUGCAACGAAAUCGCACGGGACUGGCAAAGAUCAUUGAACGUCAAUUUGACGACAACGAGAGCAAAUUUACCGACUUCGUUGACGAUGAUGGUCAUGGAGUCGGACCGUGGGCCCUUUGCUGCUCUAUGAAGAAGAUUGACGGUCACAGGCUGCGUUUUGACUGGGACGGGACUUCUCCACAAAGCCAACACAGUAUCAACUUUUAUCUCUCAGAGACCAUGUUCAAGAUGUUCAUCGGGUACUACCUCAUUGCGGCCGCUGCGCCUGGUACCGUCAUCAAUGAUGGAUUCCAUGACCUUAUCGAUGUGCAUAUUCCUGAAGGCACAGUCCUCAAGCCCGUCCGACCUGCACCAAUCUCCUGUCGUACUCAUCUCAUGGGUCGUACGCUGGAUAUCAUCCAAGCCCUUAUUGGCCAAAAGAAUGAUGCAUACCAAGCCGCAGCCGGUUUUAGUGACUCGCCUCACUUCUUUUAUUCCGGUUUCAAACCAGAUGGCGAGUGGUUCCAGCUUUAUCAGAUCGGAUUCGGGGGUGUUCCUGCCCGUCAGGCCGGUGAUGGUCCUGAUUGCCAUUGCCUUUUCCCCGCGAUCAAGUCCAUCCCAACGGAAAGCAUUGAGCUCAACUAUCCAUUACGUAUUGAAGCAAAUGAAAGUGUCGCAGACAGCGGAGGUCCAGGAUUUUACCGUGGGGGCAAUGCUCAACGCACCGAGUAUCGCUUUUUGUGCCGUGGAGAAUUCAGUCUACAUGACGAUCGAUGGUUUACCAAGCCAUGGGGUCUAAAGGGUGGAAAGCCAGGCCAGCGAUCACGAAAGAUCUUAUACCGCCACUCUAAGUCAAGGGAGAACCCACCUAUUGAGGUCCUGCCUUCGAAAUGUGAUCAUAUCCAAGUUGAUGUCGGGGAUCUUCUCGAGUGGGUGACUUGGGGUGGAGGCGGACUGGGCGAUCCUUUGACACGACCUGCGGAAAAGGUCGCUCUAGAAGUCCAUCGCAAGCUUGUGACGGUUGAUGGAGCGCGUGAAGGAUACGGUGUUAUCGUGAACAGCGACUUUACAGUGGAUUAUGCGUCAACUGAACAGCUACGUGCCAACAUGGACCUGGAGCGUGCUAAGUUGGGUGAAGUCUCAAUUUACGAUCGUGGUGGAAGUAUCGAGGAGUUACGCAAAAAAUGCUUGUCGGAGACGGGGCUUGCCCCCCUCUGCCUCAAUGGGAAACUGAAUUGUAUGGCCCUCAUGCAGGAAAGGAGUAUGUCAAGACAUGGUACGCCGGCAUGA